UGUUAGUCAUUGCAUGACAUAGAUAAUCUAUAAACAACGUAUAUAGGUUGCAUAAUAUUUUUGUUUAUCUCAUCCAAUACGGUAGCGAAAGCCAAAGUAAUUAAAACAGCAAAGAGGAAGGAAUGAGCAGCAAAACUGCAGUCGUUAAAACGCGCUAGAGGAGAAGGGUAUGGGAAAGUGUUAGUUGAAAAGCAUGGUGGUAUAUCACUCAAGGUAUAUACCAGUAAGGCACGAUGUGUAUGAAAUAGAACACCCAUGUUAUAACGAAUGCCGUUGGCCCCAACCGUGGGAGGAUAAAACUGCUUGAGUGAAAGUAUAACAAAAGUAUAAAUCUAAUACCAGUGUAACGAAAGUAUAGAAGAUAAUAUAUGGGACACCUUUAGCACACAAUAUCCAAACAUCCUGAUCGUGUUAAAAACAAUUAACAACGGUCCAUUGAAGUGGCGAUGAUGCGGUUUUAUAAUUCUUUAAAAAUUUUUGCUUUACUACCAAAUGUGCCAAGAAAAUAGAAUGAAAAGGUGUCCCAUUUCCCCUCGUUCUACUUAAUUCUAAUAACAGUGCUAUAGGUUGUUUAUUGCAGUCGUAUAUAAAUAAUGAGCAGCAAAGAAGACGUACCGCCCAAGUCUUUGCCAGGGCCUUGGGGUUUCCCAUUUGUUGGAUCCGCGUUCCAUCUUGGCCUGCAUAAGGAUAAAACGCUGUAUGAGUGGACGGAACUAUAUGGACCGGUGUAUGCGCUGAACCUUGGGACAAGGCCAGCAGUUGCAUUGCACGGAUACAGUGCGAUACACGAGGCUCUGGUUGAUAAAGCGUCCUCAUGCUCGGGCCGAAUAUGCGCUCCUAUCAUCGACGCGAUGGUGAACCAGCAGGGACUUUUCUUCGUCGACCACGAUGAACAUUGGAAGAAAUGGAGAGAAAUUGCUCACAGCGGGUUGUCUAACUCGUGGAAGACAACUCAGUCUGGGAUAUUAACUGAGAGCGAACGUUUGAAGAACUAUUUAUCCGAAGCCGACGGAAAACCGAUUAAUAUUGAAGAAACUCUUCAAAUAACAAUGGCGAACGCUGUGUUUCAGACUUGCCUUUCACGUCGUUUCGACCUCGAUGACACCGAAGCGGCCAACUUUCUGGUUGACCUCUACGCUACUAAUCGUGACCCUAAGUUCGGGAAGAUUCUUUUCCUAACUUUCCUUCGAUUCCUUCCUUCGUAUAAAAGCUACUUGAUCGAGGGCGACACCAGGCGGAAGAAAGUUCGUAAAGUUUUGCGAGGAUUUAUUGAGGAAAGACUUGAGGAUGACGACCAAUCUCGUGACCUGGUUUCGCUUUUCUUCAAAGCUGGACCAACUCCGAGCUUGGAGAACAAGACCUUAGUUGCUGGUUUGAUACAAGACAUGUUGUUUGCUGGGUCCAUCACCACGUCGUCUCAACUACUGUGGGUGAUUCUGUUUGUCCUGAAGAACCCAGCUUGCAUGCACAAGAUGCAGAAUGAGUUGGACGCAGUGCUCGGGGAUUGCGAGAACCCAACAAAAAGUGCGAUCAGUGAUAAAUACGACGAACUCAAUUACACAAGAGCCGUUGUACAAGAAGCGAUGCGACUUCGAUGUAUUGCGCCUACAAGUAUGUUCCACAAAGCUACAGAAGACACCACGAUUGCAGGCUACUUCGUCGCCAAAGAUACGGUCAUCAUGCCCAACCUUUACAGUGUACAUCAUGACCCGAUUACCUGGGCUCCUGACCCCGAAUCCUUUCGCCCCGAACGUCACUUAGAUUCUGAUGGCUCGUUCGUCAAUUCUGAUCACGUGAUUCCCUUCUCGGUUGGUUGGAGACGGUGCGUUGGGGAGAAAAUCGCUCGCACUGAAAUAUUCGCACACCUCGUUACCAUUUUCAAGCAUUUCGAGGUCGCCCUUCACCCUGAUGACGUAGGGGUCGAUAUGGAAGGGGUCCCUGGCCCAAUAUUGAGGCCAGUCUCCUACCGUACACAGUUUACGAGCCGUUGAUAAAAAGUACUGUGGGGUAAGAUGGGUACAUCGUCGAGCAUAUCACUCCAUAUUUCCUAAAACCGUGUUUUAAACCUAAAACACUAUUGUAUGGUUGUAAGAACACGGUUCUAUAAUUCUGUAAAUAUUCUUUGUUUACUACUAAAUGGGAAGAAUGUAAACAUGGACCAUCUUACCCCAACCUACAAUUUAUAACGCCACAAAUGAGUGAAUUAGUUUAGUAUAUAUUUGUGCUGUUUCGUUUUUAUAAACAUAAAUGAGUCUAAGUUGCUGUUUCCUGUGCUUUCAUGUUUUAAACAUGCUAUAAUAGUAUUUUGUACUACAGUGAUUGUAAUAGUAUCAAAAUUAAUUGAGAUCUAAUCACGUUUUAACAUUGCAAUAAUCGGAAUAAAGUUUACACAGAUAAAA